GAGAGGAGGAGGUUGGGCAGGGAGGAAGGAGCCAUCCCGCUGGAGUGGGAGCCAUGCCGCUGCAGACGGAGAUCCUGCGGGAGGUCUGGGCUGCCGAGAGCCCCAGCGAGGAGCCAGGCAGCCCCCCACCACACAAACCCAAGCAGCUCUGUCCCUGGGGGCAGAAGGUGAAGAAGAAGAGGCAGGAGCCCACGCUGGAGCCUGAGGCCAAGCCCCGGCGGCUGCGGGCGAAGAAGCUGGGUGAGGCGGGGGCUACAGAGGAGCCCCGUGCCCCAGCACAGGGGGUGAAGAAGCUGAGGAAGAAGAAGGAAGAGAAGGGGGAGGAGGAGAGCGACAAGGACCCCUACUCCAAAUUCACCAAGGAGCCUCGGAAGAAGAAGGAGAGCCCGGCCCCCGGCUCCCGCACCGCCAAGGGCCCCAAGAAGCAGCAAGAGCUGGCCAAGGACUCAGAGGAUGAGGAGGAGGAAGAGGAGGUGGAAAAUAAAGACCCACCAAAAAAGCUCAAGAAGAAGGUGCCCAAAGAGCCCCCCUCGGGUGAGAGCCGGGAGAAGAAGCAGAAGCCAAAGGGAGACAAGAGUGACACCGAUGGCAAAGCCAAAUCUGCCAAAAGCACCAAGAAGGAGUCAAUGUCCAUGUUCCAGGUGAAUGGGGAGAAGAAGGAGAAGAAAACCAAGAAGAAGGCUGCCACCAGCAGUGAGGAGGAGGAUGAUUCCGAUGCCAGCACCAAACCCAUCAGGUCGGAGAAGAAGAAAAACCCGGCGUCCCUCUUCCAGACUGGUGGAGACCCCCCCAAGGAGAAGAAAGCCAAAAAGAAAGCUCCUCCCAAAGCGGCCGAGAGCGAGGAGGAGGCCCCAGAGACCCCCCAGAAAAACUCCAACAAGAAGGGCAAAGGGAAGAAAUCAAAGAAGUCGAAGGAGGAGAGGCCCCCGUCACCCGUCAUCGAGGUGGACAACCUGGAGGAGUUUGUGUUGCGACCGGCGCCGCAGGGAGUGACCAUCAAGUGCCGGGUGACACGGGACAAGAAAGGGAUGGACCGGGGGCUUUAUCCCACCUAUUACCUCCACUUGGAUAAUGACAAGAAGGUGUUCCUCCUCGCUGGGAGGAAGCGCAAGAAGAGCAAAACCUCCAACUACCUCAUCUCCAUCGACCCCACUGACCUGUCGCGGGGGGGAGAAAACUUCAUCGGGAAGCUGAGGUCCAACCUGAUGGGAACCAAGUUCACGGUGUUCGACAAUGGCGCCAACCCUGACAGAGCCAACGCCAACUGGUCCAACGUGCGGCAGGAGCUCUCAGCUGUGGUCUAUGAGACCAAUGUUUUAGGGUUCAAAGGCCCCCGGAAGAUGACGGUCAUCAUCCCUGGGAUGAACUCUGACAAUGAGAGGGUGCCCAUCCGGCCCCGGAAUGACAACGACGGCCUCCUGAUGCGAUGGCAGAACAAAAACAUGGACAACGUGAUCGAGCUGCACAACAAGGCACCAGUGUGGAACGAUGAGACCCAGUCCUAUGUCCUCAACUUCCACGGUCGGGUCACCCACGCCUCCGUCAAAAACUUCCAGAUUGUCCACGGCAGCGACCCCGACUACAUCGUGAUGCAGUUCGGGCGCGUGGCCGACGACGCCUUCACCAUGGACUACAACUACCCGCUCUGCGCCGUCCAGGCCUUCGCCAUCGCCCUCUCCAGCUUUGACGGCAAGCUGGCCUGCGAGUAGCACCCGCGCCGGGGCCACCGGGGCCACCAGGGCUGUGUGCCGGUGCUGGAUGGAUGCUCCUGCAUCCCCGUCCCGCUCCGUUCCCUCCGUUUCCACCUUCUGCCCGGUGAAUUCUCAUGGUGACAGCCGCCCCCCGGGGUGGCUCAAGGCGCACGGUGCCCCCAGCCCCCCGUGGGACACUCAUCUGGCCACUGCCACCCUCUCCGGGCAAAUUAGGGACAGAUCACUGGUGUGGGGCAGAUGGCAGAGUCAGACCUGGCGUAUAUUUAGCAGAUGAGGCUGACUGCGAUCCCAAUCUCAUCCCUUUGAGACAUUUCUUGGACUCGGAUCCUGGAAACUCAUCCCCCCCCCUUUUUUUUUUUUAAGCUCUGGUUUGUAUUUUGUAGCUCAGUCUCCCAGUUAGAGGGGGGGUUGGUGGUCUCUUCAGCGUGUGUUUCCUCACAGAACGUGGCUGGGCUCUGCCCAAGCUCCUGGUGAGGGACACCCUCCCCCCCCCCAGCUCAAUGCCCACCAGACACUGAACCCCAUUUUGCCCCAUUUUGCUGUGGUGCAAGUGGCCGUGUGGUGCUCAUGGUGUCUUUGCACGCCCCAGGUUCUCCACCCACUUGGAAGCCUUUGGGUGAUUUGGGUCCCUGGGGAGCAGCCUGGCACCCAGAGCGCUGGCAGCACGUGGGCACGUGCCGAUGGAAGCUGGAGGGAGGGCUGGUAGCCACGUGAGGCAGAGCCGGCGUCACCGGCAUGGGGCCGGGCUGGGUCGGUGCCACCAGGAGGGACCUGGAAGGGAAAACUCUGGGUGCACCAGGAAGCACCGGGGUGACUCACGAGGUGUGGUGUGGUGCUGAGUCACGCUCGGUGCCCGGAUGGGUACUGCCGAUGGGCACCCCAUGCCCCUGGCACCCUGCGGCAUCCCUCCGGACCCCCCUGGGCUGGUGGUCCCACGGAGCCCCCGCACGCUCCAGGUGUCCCCGCUGCCGGGACUGGCCCCUCUGGUGCUCCCUGCUCACGGGGAGGUGACAUCCCAUGGCACAGGCCUGUGGGAUGUUAUGGGGGGGCUGUGUGGGGUCAUUGUGAAGGGGAGAUAGUGGAAAGGGGCAGCUCGGGGGGAGCAGAGCAGCCCAUGCCCCCCAUUUCCAGGAUUUGGCUGCACAGUCCCAAAUCUGAUUAAUUCAGUGGUGAGAAACACUGGGACAUGCCAAGGUGCCCCCAAACACCAUCCUCAACUCCCCAGUAAUGCUUCUCUCACCUGCUCAGCUCAUGCGCUGAUCCCAGGGGGGCUGAUAUGAUCUGGGGGACCCUUUCCAGGACAUAAGCAGGUCUUUCCCCCAUCCUGGGGGUGACCUGAGCCCCCCAAGUUAACGCUGUGAGAGGCAGCUGGAGUGGGAAGGUCGAGGAGCAGGAGAGGGAGGAGACAUGCAGUCAUACAAGAGGGAUGCUUGUCUUCACCAGGCAGUGUCACAACACUGCCGUGACCUGAGCCGGUCCCUAUGCGUGUCUAGGGACGGGUGACAGUGACAGUAGGACCCUGGGCUGCAGCUGGACCUGGCCAACAUCCGCCACGGUGGCUUUUCCCGAUGAAACCAAGGUUUUCCCAGCAGCCACACGAAUCCAGGCUCCGUGAUUCAUCGGCAGACGUUGGUGGUGGGGGCAGAGGGAGGCGGACAGCUCGGGGACAACGUGGGACAUUGUCCCUUACCCAGGCGGCGAGAUCAGAGACCUUCUCGUGAGCUGAAGGGAGAACCAGCCGCCGUGGUUCGGGGCCAGCAUCCCAUGGCUAGGUAUGGCCAGCAAAUGUGGGGGAAGCAAGAGCUUUCUGCCCAAAUCCAGCCAGGAACCCACCAUCUGUUUGAAAUCGGGAGAAGCUCAGCGAAGGGUUGAGCAAACCCUUGUCCCCAUUUCCUUCGGUGGAAGCAGAAAAGCCAAAGCAGGGUGAAAGGGAGGGGCUUGGGCUCCCCAACCUCUCUCUGGAGCACGAGCUGCCGUUAUCCCAGCUGUUCCCUGGGGAGUUUCUCCUUCCCCGCACCCAAAAAGUCUCCAUGUUGCCCCUGGUGGCUUCCAAACCCCUUGGGAUUCCCAGCCUGCGGCCCAAGGGGAGUGAAAAAACACCCCGCCAUGGGUGUCCAAGGCGAUGCCACCCCAUCCCAGGACACGGUGACCGUCUCAGCCUCCCACCCCAAAGCGCUUCCACAAACCCGCUAAACCAAACCAACUGCAGCACAAGAAACAAAUGAAAACAAUUUACGAGGGCGAUGGAGAUGCGGGGCCUUUGUUUGCGCUGGCUGUUAACACCAGCGGAGAGGAGGAAUGGAAGCAGUUGAAAUGUGUAUCUACUUUGGCCGACGGAAAGUGUGACGGAUGCGCCGGCGGACCAAUGGCUGAGGGUGCUGGGGUGUG